AUGGACAGACCAGAGACACCCUUUAAAAUGAUGGACAGUCUCGAGGCACCCUUUAAAAUGAUGGACAGUCUCGAGGCACCCUUUAAAAUGAUGGAGAUUUCCGAGGCACCCUUUAAAAUAAUGGACAGUCCAGAGACACCCUGUAAAACGAUGGACAGUUCCGAGGCACCCUUUAAAAUAAUGGACAGUCCAGAGGCACCCUUUAAAAUAAUGGACAGUCCAGAGGCACCCUUUAAAAUGAUGGACAGUUCCGUGGCACCCUUUAAAAUAAUGGACAGUCCAGAGGCACCCUUUAAAAUGAUGGACAGUCCAGAGGCACCUUUUAAAAUGAUGGACAGUCCAGAGGCACCCUUUAAAAUAAUGGACAGUUCCGAGGCACCCUUUAAAAUAAUGGACAGUCCAGAGGCACCCUUUAAAAUGAUGGACAGUCCAGAGGCACCCUUUAAAAUGAUGGACAGUCCAGAG